AUGAGAGUGCAAGUCACCUUCUUCAGAUGCUCGGAUCACUUUUGCUCGGCUGCGGGUGAGGCUGUGAGGAUGCUCUGGAACUUGUCGCUCGAAGAGCUGAUGGCAAUCAGUGAACGCAUGGCCGCGCACUACGCGAAGCUUCUGGUUGCGUCCGUGCACUUCUGGCGAGGAGUCAUCAUCAGCUUGGUCGAAGAGAAAGAUGCCUCAAUGUGGAAGGGCUAA